GACAGUUGGACGAGCACAGCCACCUACUGAUAUAAAACUGGGGCAGCGAAUAUGUAAAUAGUUGUUUAGUGAAAUAAAGUCGCAUUCAAAAUGGAUUGGGUAAUUUCUGACGAGUUGUCUUUAACGGUGGGACAUGUCGUGGGGUGGGUUAGUGCCGGCGCGAUGGUAAUCGGCGGUGUCAUCCCCUACAUACCCCAAUACAGGCAAAUCAGUAAAACAAAAGACGCCGAAGGAUUUUCACUGUUGGUUUGCUUGUCCCUGUUGAUUGCCAACACUUUGAGGGUGAUGUUUUGGUUUGGAAGGCAUUUUGAGUAUCCUCUUUUGAUUCAAAGUUUGGUGAUGAACGUGACAAUGUUCAUAAUGAUUCAUUUGUGUGUGAGGGUGAGGUGUAGAAAUCAGUUGAUUCAAGCAAGGCAAAGAAUUUUCACAGCUAAACCAAUUGAAGUUAAGAGGCUGCUAAACUUAAAGCCACCACCUUCCUCUCACAAAAUCUGUGACUUCGAGCCAAAGUAUUUUUGGAACUGGUCGGAUUUUCAGUCUUACGUCGACUGCAUGUUGGUAUUUACGAUAGUGUCGUCCUUUUUGAUGUACGUUUUCAUAGAAUACAACCUUUUCGUUGAGGUGGUCGGCUUCCUCGCUGUUUUUACGGAGGCCAUGCUGGGAAUGCCUCAGUUCAUAAGGAACUACAGGAAUAAGUCUACAGAGGGAAUGAGUUUGAUGAUGGUCGUGAUGUGGACCUGCGGAGACGUCUUCAAAACGCUGUACUUCUUCCUGAGGGAAGCCCCAGUGCAAUUCUGGAUAUGCGGUUGCAUCCAGGUCACAAUCGACACCUUGAUCCUCCUGCAGGUCUACAUAUACAAGAGCAACACCGAAUCGCAGCGCAUCCGGCCGCAUCGAGGCGAUUGAGUGGUCAUCAUAUGGACGCACGAAGAAAACGACCAACAGAACGAACCGAAAAUCCCCAGCGAAGUCCCCGACAACAAUGAAUCGAAAGAGGAUACGAGCUCGCUGAAAUCCUGUGAAAACCAGACAAUAAAGUCCGAUUCGGACGAUUCGGAAGUGUGCCGCAGUGUCACGAUGAAUCACUUGGUGAGCGCGGAGGUGCACAUCGGCAGCAGCGCCAACGGCGACGCGGUGUUGCCGGACGCGCGCAUGAACGGCGGCUGCAAAAGUAACAAAGGCGCGUACAAAAAGCGUGCCAAACGCACGGUCAACAUGCUGAUACACCGGCACACCUUAUGACACCUGCUGCUGCCGAUUUUAACGUAUACGUCAUUUUGCGGUGUAUAAUAUUUUAAAAGACAUUUCCAUGAUCCGUGGGUUAUAACGUAAGUAUGAAAUUCUAUAUAAGGUUAAAUUAAUUUUUAGGGAGAGAGAUUUUUUAUUUAGAGGACCAAAUCCAUCUAUUUUAGAGUAUGUUCGCCUUAAAUUGUUAAAUGCAGAGAAAACAUUCCAUACUGUAUAUUUUUCUCAGUGUACAAUAUUGGAAAUUUUAGUAAUUUUACUUUUUUAAGUUGGUAAUCCUAAAGAAGGUAACGCACAAGGUGCGCCAGAUGAUUUUUGUUAAGAUACAACAUCACAGUUAGGGAUUUAAGUUUUAUUGGAAAAAC